CCCCAACUGGACGCACAAGCGGAUACCUGAGCCAUGGAUGCAGAGGAGAAAUCCCCCGCCGACCAGGGAGCGCAGCUCCUCGACAUCAGCUCCAACUUGCCCCCACCUGAACCCAAAGGUACGGAAGAGCCCGGGCAGCUGGAGAAGCCGCCGUAUUCCUACGUGGCUCUUAUCGCCAUGGCCAUUAAGGACAGCCAUGACAAGAGACAGACGCUGAGUGGGAUUUAUGACUACAUAAUCUCCAACUUCCCCUACUAUGAGAAGAAUAAGAAAGGAUGGCAAAAUAGUAUAAGACACAAUCUUUCUCUCAAUGAGUGUUUCGUCAAGGUGCGCAGGGAGAGCGGAGGGGACAGGAAGGGCAACUAUUGGAUGCUGGACCCCGCUUUUGAGGACAUGUUUGAGCGGGGGAACUACCGGCGGCGGAGGAGGGUGAGGAGACCCUACAGACCACCGAGCGUGCCUUACCUGAGCGGUAACCCUGAGUAUCCCGAGCCGCUCUACCUGCAGCCUUACGUGAGCAGCUCCUGGGGUCUGUGCCAGUCUCAGCCCAGCUCGUCCCAGCAGACUGGAUACCCAUCACCCCAGGUCAUCACUGGACACACCCGCAGCUUGUCCCCCAGCGGCCCGAUGAACUCAUACUGCCCACCCGCCCACUUCCACCACCCUUCCUACGGCGCUUACCACCGCCACCUGUCCGUCCUGGUCCCUCACAACGGGUGUCCCUACGGCGGAGUGACCCAGCCGAUGAGCCCCGACGGAGGCACAGUUUCUGUGGCAUGCAACUACCAGCAGUUUACCUCUUAUGCGAGGGAGUCGCAGGCGCAGCUUGCUUAUUCAUUUGACCAGUAGAAUUUUGAGUUAUUCUAACCACUGGCAGCUGGUUCACAGACUAAAAGUUCAUGCUUCACCAUUUCAGUUUGGCUGUCAGUUCGUUUGUCAGGUUCAGGUAGGCUUAAUUGUUUGACGAGGUGUAAAUGUAUUGACUAUGUGAAACUGCUUAAUAGCCUACGUUUUUGGUUAAUUUUUUUUUUGGCAGGCUACACUUUCCGGUAUUAGCCCACUGUCAAAGCUCUGUCAAAAAUUGGCACCGGUCAAGUGUGAACUGCUGCAGUUGAUUUGACAGUUGAUUUAAGUCUGAGGCUCAGUUUAUGUCUUAUUUUGUAACCAAAUAAACAACCAGACAAACCAACUUUUUUGUACCUCCAUUUUUAUUUUUAUUUUUUUUUUAUCAUUUUGAAUAGGCAUAUUCAUGUGUAGGCCUAACUGUUAUUUAUUUCUUUUCUCUGCUGUUAUCAAUUGUCAGAGCUGCUAUACAGCUGUUGGUGACACUGAAGCACUGAUCAGUUUUCUUAUUCGAUUGAAGAAUGU